UUGACAAACCUGACAAAAGGAUGAUAAUUUUUUGUUCUCCGUCAAGAUUAAUUUUUGUUGUUGAGAAAUUGCGAGUCCUAGGGUCCGGAUUAAACUCACCGAAGGCAUUUUUCCAAUAUUCUUAAAGAGGGUAACCGAAAAUGUUGGGUCGAUUCGGUACAGUGGUCACUGUGGUGGCCCAAAAUGCUCCCAUCCAGCAACAACAGAGGGGCAUGGCCACAUUAAAGGCCAUCUCCAUUCGUCUAAAGUCUGUUAAAAACAUUCAAAAAAUCACUCAGUCCAUGAAGAUGGUGUCAGCAGCCAAAUAUGCCCGUGCUGAACGUGAAUUGAAACAAGUAAGACCUAUCGGAGAUGGAGCCAAACAAUUCUAUGAAAAAGCUGAAGUUGGUCCACCAGAAGCAAUUCCAGAAAAGCUGGUUAUUGCCAUGACUUCUGACAGAGGUCUUUGUGGUGCUGUCCAUACAUCCAUUGCCCGUUAUAUUCGUAACGAACUGGCCAAGGACGACCAAAACAUCAAAGUUGUGUGUGUAGGAGACAAGUCUCGUGCUAUCUUGUCCCGUAUUUAUGGAAAGAACAUUAUUUUGGCUGGUAACGAAGUAGGACGUUUGCCACCUACUUUCUUAGAUGCUGCCAAGUUGGCCGAUGCCAUUUUGAAAAGUGGUUACAAGUUUGGUUCUGGAGAGAUCAUUUACAACCGUUUCAAGUCGGUUGUGUCAUACACUACUAGUACUCUGCCUGUUUUUAGCUUGGAAUCAGUUUCAGCUGCCCCAAAACUGUCCAUCUACGAUUCUCUGGACGACGAAGUGAUCCAGUCCUACCUUGAAUUUUCUCUGGCCUCUUUGCUGUUCUACUCGAUGAAAGAGGGCGCAUGCUCCGAACAGUCGUCCAGGAUGACAGCUAUGGAUAACGCCAGCAAGAACGCUGGAGAGAUGAUCGACAAACUGACGUUGACAUUUAACAGAACCAGACAAGCUGUCAUUACCAGGGAGUUGAUUGAAAUCAUCUCUGGUGCCUCAGCUUUGUAAGCGGGCAACCCAGAAAACAGUCUGUAUAAUAUGCUAGUUAUGUAACCACCAAUAUCCUCAGAAAUGUCCCAUUAAAUAUUAAGUCUCAAAUAUUUUUGUUCUUUUUUCGAAAAAAUAAAAUAAAAUUAAUACUAAAACUGAUGUAAUGCAAGUAAUAUUUUUUGGAAAGUAUAUUUGAGUGAAGGUGAAUGGAGAAGAAUAGUAAGCCCAAAGUCUCUAAUAACAUCUAAGAGUUUUUUUUUUGUAUUCAUGUUUACUUCUAUAUACUUAGGUGAAAAUUAUGUAAAAUAAAUGGCGAAAAUAAAGGUACUAAUAUAAUAUGAAAAAAGGUUA